GAGAUUAAUAUCUUGAGUUUGGAAGUAUAAAAAAUUAUCAAUUCAUGUUUCAUGAGUUUGCAAAAUUCCCCAUUAUCUUCUUCUUCAUCAUCAUCAUUAUUAUCUUAAUCUUCACGCUAACAGUAGUUGCUCCUCCUCUCUUCUCUUUCUCUCUCCUAAAUUAAUCUCCUUUUUCUGCAAAUGAUGCUCAGAGCUCAGCUUUGUGCUCGUAGUUUCGGAAUUCUAGGGUUUGCUCCUUCAUCUUCUUCAGAUCAAUCAAACAUUCUUACUCAUUCCUUUGUUUUCCCUGAUUCUUGUCGAUUUUCAUUACAAUUUUUAACCCUUUCUAACCCGAGAAAAUUUAAUAAAUCCGCUUUUAUUUCUUGUAAAAAUCACUCUCAUGGUAAAUUUCAUCCCAAAUCACAUCAUCAUCAACCCGAUGAUGAAUAUGUCGAAGCUUCCCUCUUAAUUUCAGAGACUGUGAAGCAUCACCAUUUGCGAAAGCAAGGAUUUCAAGAGGACGUGAGAAACUUUGCUCCGCAGUCUCCUCCUUUCUCUACUCAAUUGAAGGAUCGUGGAAACAAUGUCAAAUCCAUAGGAUUAAGCAUUCUUCGUCGUUUUCGGCAUCCCACUAUUUUCCUUAAGAUAUCUUGUCAAGGGGAUUUUUUGCUUCCCAUUGUUGUAGGAGAGUUGGCUGUUGAGAAACUUAUUGAUUCCUUAAAUGAGGACGAACAUGGGGAUUACUCAAAUCAGUUCCAAUUUGUGAGAAAUCUUGUGGUAGGACUUGAAAAUGAGGUACGGAUGGUGAAAAUUACUGAAAGGGUGGUCAACACAUAUUUUGCCAGCGUAUAUUUAGGCAAAGUAGGAGAGAGGGAAACUUUUAGUAUCGAUGCACGACCAUCAGAUGCUAUCAACGUAGCGCAAAGAUGUAAGGCUCCAAUUUAUGUAAAUAAGCAAAUUGUCCUUACAGAUGCUAUCAGAAUUAGUUAUGGGACAGGCAGAGUUCGUGAUACAAAACCUAUUUAUGAUGUUUUAUUGGACAGCCCCAUUGACGGUCCAGAUUUGCUGGUUGAAGAAUUUAAUCUUGUACAAAAUAUGAAGUUAGCAGUACAAGAAGAAAGGUACAAAGACGCAGCAAUGUGGAGGGACAGACUUGUGAAAAUUUGCAAUUCUGGGAUUCAAACACCACAGCCAAAAGAUUGGCACGAGACACCAAUCCCCGAACUGCCUUAAUUGAAAAUUGAAGGAGAAAUUGAUUGGAAAAAAGUGCAUUCAGAUUUUUGUGCAAUCAGCAGAUAACUGCAUUGGAUCUGUCUGAAAUGUGGCAUGUGUGCUAACAGGAAGAACCGUGUUUAGUGUCUAGGGUUUUGGGUUUAGUGUUUAGUGUUUUCCUUAUGUACAGUUUCGUCUCAUAAUUAGUUAAUUACUGUGCUUAUGUAACUGUAAAUAUCUAUAAAUAUCAAAAGUAGGCCUAUAGGAACCUUACAUAUCUUGUGUCACCAGUUUUUAUAAGAAUCAAAAUUUGACAUAUUAGAUAAAAA